ACCACCACCACCAACAAAACCUUUACCCUUCAGCUGGGGAUGUAGCUCAGUGGUAGAGUACUUCCCUAGCAUGUUGAGGGCCUGAAUCCAUUCCUAGUACCGCAAAACAAACAAACAAACUAAAGCUUAGCGUAAAUUUCAGGAUCUCCAAACACAAUAUUAGAAAAAUAAGUAAGAUUAUGGAAAAGAAAAUUUAAAAGAGAUACUAGCUAAGGAUAAUUUUGAGGGAAAAGUAAAUACGUAGCAUUUCUGAGUACACUUUCUGAGUAUAUAUCAUCCCCCUCACUGACUUCCCUUUUCAUUUCACAGAUUAUUUAAACAGCCUCGGGAUACCUCACUGGUGCUGGAUGCCUUGUACAUGUAAACUUGGCAGCAUGAGAGCUACUCUGAAUAGGCGCAGGGCGUUACCAGGAAACAUCACUAAAUGACUCAGACUUCCUGAUGUUUUAAAUGUGUUGCCUACCUUUCAAGAUGCCUUUGUUCUUCUGACAAAUACAGCCAGUAACUCAUAAGGCCAUAAAAGAGGGAAAAUCGGAGGGGAAACCACUGGUGCCCAAAGAACAAGAUCGCCCUUAACAGAGGGAAACUUCUGAUCGUUGUUUGAAAUGCUGAAGAAUUUACUCCGGAGGAGACUUUUUUUUUAUUUUCCCAAUAAAUACUACUGUAUGAUCCUUGUUUUGUCCCUAGUCACCUUCUCUGUUUUAAGGAUCCAUCAAAAGCCUGAAUUUGUAAGCAUCAAACACUUGGAGCUUGCUGGAGAGAAUCCUAGCAGCAGUAUCAAUUGCACCAAAGUUUUACAGGGUGAUGGAGAAGAAAUCCAAAAGGCAAAGCUCGAAAUGCUCACAGUGUCAUUCAGAAGGCACCCUCGGUGGACAGUGGCUGACUACAUCAACAUGACCGGUGACUGCGCCUCCUUCAUCAAGACACGCAAAUACAUCGUGGAGCCCCUUAGUAAAGAAGAGGCGGGCUUCCCAAUUGCCUAUUCCAUUGUGGUUCAUCACAAGAUUGAAAUGCUUGACAGGCUCCUGAGGGCUAUCUACAUGCCUCAGAACUUCUACUGCAUCCACGUGGACAAAAAAUCAGAGGACUCCUUUUUAGCAGCGGUGACUGGCAUCGCGUCCUGUUUCAGUAACGUCUUCGUGGCCAGUCAGUUGGAGAGUGUGGUCUACGCCUCCUGGAGUCGGGUCCAAGCUGACCUCAACUGCAUGAAGGACCUGUACAGAAUGAGUGCAGACUGGAAGUACUUGAUCAAUCUUUGUGGGAUGGAUUUCCCUAUUAAAACCAACCUGGACAUGGUCAGGAAACUCAAGUCAUUCAUGGGUGAAAACAACCUGGAAACAGAGAAGAUGCCAUCCAAUAAGGAAGACAGGUGGAAAAAGCAUUAUGAAGUCAUCAAUGGGAAACUGACCAACACAGGGAAGGCCAAAGAGCGUCCCCCACUCAAAACUCCUCUCUUUUCAGGCAGUGCCUAUUUUGUGGUCAGUAGAGAAUAUGUGGGGUAUGUGCUAGAAAAUAAAAACAUCCAAAAGUUUAUGGUGUGGGCACAGGACACAUACAGCCCAGACGAGUACUUCUGGGCCACCAUCCAAAGGAUCCCUGACGUCCCGGGCUCACUGUCCGUGAACCAUAAGUACGACUUGUCUGACAUGAAUGCAGUCGCUCGGUUUGUCAAGUGGCAGUACUUUGAGGGUGACAUUUCCAAGGGUGCCCCUUACCCACCCUGCAACGGGGUCCAUGUGCGCUCAGUGUGCGUUUUUGGAGCUGGUGACUUGAACUGGAUGUUGCGCAAGCAUCACUUUUUUGCCAAUAAGUUUGACAUGGACGUGGACCCCGUUGCCAUUCAGUGUUUGGAUGAGCAUCUGAGGCAUAAAGCCCUGGAGAUGUUAGAACACUGACUUCUGGAGGCGCUUUCAGGAGUAAUAAGAAUGACACACAAAAUGUGUCCUCAUCCGCUUCCUCUGCCUUGUCAGGAUGCAUCAGAAAAAUUGUAUGGAGUCCUUUUUGGGGUCAAGACUUAAAAUUUCAUGUCAGCAGCUGCAGGAUUUCUGCAGAGCACAAUCGGUUAGAAAGGCAAUAGCAUUAAGUCCUUCUAGAGUCAGCUUUAGCACCCAGGAGGCCAGACAAGGUAGCAAGGCAUUGUGGGAAGAGGGGACAGGGUGAAUAGGGAAGAGGCUGGUGCAGAAACCAGCCUCACAGACUGUUAAAGAUCUCAGGGACUCGCGCCAAAAUUAUUUUGAGAAUUUUAAAUAUGACAGUUGUUUCUGAUGAAUCAAUUUAUAGCAACAAUCAAUCAUAAGGAUACAAUGUGUCUUGUAUGUUACAUUGGUCGAAAUGGAAUUUUGAUUUUACUCUAAAUGAUCCUAGUAAAAAAUUGGCUGUGCUAUAACAUUGUGCUGUGUAGUGUCUCUGAAUGUCAGCUCAGGGAGCUCAAAGCAGUUUAAUAUCUCUGUGUUAAUUUUGUUUGUAACAGUGCCUCUAUGUUUUUAAAAACAAAAAAAAAGGAAAAACGACGAAGUUUCUAGUUUAAUUGAUUUCUGUGAAUCAUCUUAGAAAAUUCAAGGUAUCAGUCAGGUACAGUGGUGCACUCCUGUAAACCUAGCAUUCGUAGACUAGGGCAGGAUGAUUACUUG